CUUGAGGUUUCUUAUCCCUAGUGUAAAGAAAAACGGAUUUCAUUUGUAUAGACCAACGAGCUAAUACGUCACGUCUCCACAUGUAGGUCUCCCGUCUAGAACACAAAGGGAAGUUCCCAACUCAAGUUGUGACGAUCGAUGGUCUUGGUCGUACCAAUGGCCUCGGGCUGGGAUCAACGACAUCAAGCCACUAUAGCGCGCAAUCACUGUUGUACAACUGAAAACAUCAUUGUGUAGCCAGUUGCGCAUAACGGAGGAGUUGUAUUAAUGUGCAGCAUACGUGAACACGUAAAUAAUGAUGAUGAUGAAAGGUUACUUAAAUUUAAUUUUGACUAUGGGGAGAGCGCCGGUAUAUAACCAGCGAUCCCUUGUUUUCGGAAUAAUCCUAGCUUCAGUUUUCUGGGUUGCCGUGGUCGUGGUUGGACCAUGGCUAAAGGGCUGGGAGGUGACACCGUGGCCAGCGGCCUCAUCGCUCUGUAAGACCAGUAGUCAAGCAGCAAGAAGGGCAACAUCAUCGAGGACCACAGAGGUAGUUGCAGCAAACACAGAGCAAAGAGCAACAGAGCAAGUACGCGUAUUGUUGCUGGCAGUACAAGGACGGACAGGAUCCUCCUUUGUGGGUGAACUCCUUGGCACCAAUGAGGACGUGUUCUACCUUUUCGAGCCGGGCCUGAGUCUUCAGGCGGGGUUUCAAGACAACCACACACCUGGAGGUUUUGAGGUCCUCAUCAACAUCUACGCGAGUUUUCUCAACGACUUGUUUCGAUGCGACUUCAGCACACUGGACAUGUACUUGCGGUACCUGUCAAAACAGGACGCGCAAGGUCUGAGCCACAAGGCACCCAGACUUUCCGCCGAGUGCGACCGUCGGUAUGCUUCCGGAAGAUGCAAUGUAACGCAAGAUUUGGCGGAGGAAAUUUGCAGGGCGAGCAAAUAUAUUGUAGUCAAAUCGGUACGGAUGCCAGAUAUCAACCUUUUGCUGCCCAUGGUGGAGGAUAGUAGAAUCAAGUUAAAGGUCAUACACCUUGUGCGUGACCCUCGACCCAUGGUUGCGUCCAAUGUCUAUGCGUUUGGAUUGUGGUUCAACGAGUCCUACGCCCGUACGCACAGGAGCAGGAAUGACACUCUACUCUCCGGUGCUACGCUAGGGAUGCUUGGCAUUUACUGCAGAUAUAACGUGUACAACUUUGAACUGGGAAUGCGAAAGCCGUCCCUACGAGACAGGUACGCGUUCCUGAGGUACGAGGACGCAGCGAGAAAUCCCUCGUGGGCUGCCGGGAGGCUGCACUCGUUUCUCGGUGCCGACCUUGUCCCAGAGUCGGUCAGCAAGUGGGUCGUGGCAAACACCAAAUCGCGGCAGUCAGGUAUUUACUCCACAGCCAGGCGCUCUAACGAGGAGUAUCGUGCCUGGCGCCAGACUAUCCCGUAUGAGGACGCUAAGGCGAUCGCCGAAUUAGGGAAAUGCACACAGAUGAUGACUCUUAUGGGGUACCGCUUGCUGGAAGACGAGGGACACUUGAGAAACAUGUCCCGGUCACUCCUGGCAGACAUUCCAGCUGCUGCAACUCAACAUGACUGGCCGCAGUGGUCGGAGUGAAAAGUCUUCGAAGGUUAACGGGCCCAUGGAAAAACAAUUGUGUGCAUCUUUCUACUCCUCUUCAAAUAUGAAAACUAUUUGACAUCCCUUAUUUAAAAGUGCACUUUUAUCAACAUGGGGGCGCUGUUAAUUACUGUGACGUCAUUGCAGGGAGACGCUUCACUGCAAUUUUUUGUUCAAACUCACGGUCAACCUAAAAUUUGCUUAUUGAAAACAUUUCAGAGAAAACUUUGCUAAGUGGCUUAAUGCCAUGUACUGAAACAACGAAUCACCAAAGACUAGAAAAUUUGCUACCAGCAAAAUAUCAAACAUUCGGGCAAAUUUUGGUGUCAAAAUAGCUUCAACAUUGAGGUUUCUGCACGCCUGAAAUGAUAUCACACUUUUGCUCAUAAAUAUGGAAAUUUGCAUCAGCAUACAAAUAAAAAAAGGCACCAACAAUGCCAUUAAAAAUUGCAAAAUGAAAAUACGUGGGCCCUUUAAAGUUUUAUUAUCUUCCGUGCUAUUUAGAUUACUACUAAACAUACAAUAUUUCAAUGUAUUAUUCAAUAUAAAGAGAUGUAUCAUACCUUCCUUAGUCUUCGUUUUUAAUCUGUGAAAAAUAAUAAAUAUGCAGAAACUUAAUCAUUGUA